UCUAAAAACUUCUAACCCUAAUCCCUCCCUUCUUAAGAGCUCCACUUAUCUCUCUCUCUCUCUUAAGUAAUUAGCUUAUAUUGUUGUUAAUUUCUUAAGUAAAGAUGAACAAUUGCAUAUAUGUUUUGGGUUUUUCUCCAUUCUACUCUUUCUUGAACAAAUCAGCUCCAACUACUGCAUAUAUAAUUUCUGGUAUGUUGUUGCCGAUUUUGGGGCUUCUGAUUUUUGAAGGAAAUAGGGUAAUGUUAUUGCCGAUUUUUGGUAUGUUGUUGCCGAUUUUGGGGCUUCUGAUUUUUGAAGGAAAUAGGGUAAUGUUGUUGCCGAUUUUCGGUAUGUUGUUGCUGAUUUUCGGUAUGUUGUUGCUGAUUUUGAGGCUUUCAUAUUGGUUCUGCUGCUUUGGCUUAUUUGUUUUCUAAACAGAUGGGUUUUUAUUGUUCUUAUAUUGUAGUUUGUAUUUUUGUGGCUUGUAUUAUGUUAAUAGGGUCUCUUUCUUAAGAAUUCAUUGAUUGGUGAGAUACAUGGGUUCUUCCAAUUUGUCGUAUUCUUUAAAUUCCAACAACUUUUGUUAUGGAUGUGAACCCUAACUUUUGGUUUUAGUGUUCACAAAAUAGAUUAACUAGUCAAGCCAUAACUUUUUGUCAUGAAUUAAAGUAAACUUGUAUGUAUUAAAACUGAAAAGGAAAAAGGAAAAGAAAACUGAAAACUGAAAAAGGAAAAGGAAAAGAAAUCCAAUGCAUUAAACUUAUAUUUAUAGUUAAAACCAACACUCUCUCUCAUAUGUAUUAUUCUUCAUGAGGAUAAUAAAUAAUUUUUAUUACUUUGUUACUUUUGUAACUUUGUUGUAAUAUAUUUAUUAUUUUGUAGAGAUUCAUAUAUAAUUUCUUUCAUUAGGUUAUAGAAUCUAUCAUAAUGGACAGAAGUUGGAUUACGGAGUCAAGGUACUUUAAAUUUUAGUCUCGUCAAUUUUCAAAAAAAUAAUAAAUAAAUAAAGCUUAAUUCUCAUUUUGGUUUAGAUAUUUACGAUAAAUUCAUUUUUACUUUUGUCUUUCUUACUAUACAAAUAGGAUAAGUACUACAUACUCGAAUGGAGUUGAACAAUUUCUAGAUACAUCGUUUGAGCGAGUUGGGCAGAGUGAACGCAUAUAUUGUCCUUGUAACAAUUGUGGGAAUUGUAUCAAGAAAACACGACAAGAAGUUUUGGAUGACUUGAUGUGGAAUGGGUUUAUCCAAACAUACACAACUUGGAUUUAUCAUGGAGAACAAUUACCUUCGUCUUCUAGGCAUGAUGAUGGGCACACCUUAUACGAGCCCAUCGACUCCAAUGUAAAUAAUGAUGACAUGCAUGAACUCUUAUAUGAGGGUUUUGGAAUUCAAAAUGAAAUGGGUGAACAAGCUGAUAGGGAAAAUGAGUAUCAUCAGGGCCCUAAUGAAGAGGCAGAUAAGUUUUACAAGCUUCUAGAUGAUGGAAAAACAGAUAUAUAUCUUGGGUGUAAAAACUUUACGAAGUUGUCUUUUACAGUGAAACUAUAUUUGUUGAAAACUUUGCAUCAUUGGACUGAUAAAUCAUUUAGUAAGUUGCUAAUGUUUUUGAAAGAUGUACUACCAGAAGGUGAGACACUGCCAAAAUCUUUUUACGAGACAAAAAAGAUAAUUAGUAACUUAGGUCUCAAGUAUGAUAAGAUUGAUGCAUGUCCCUUUGAUUGUAUGUUGUACUGGAAGGAGCACGCUAAUGAUGAAACAUGUCAUAAAUGUGGCAAGUCUAGGUGGAAGGAUUUUGACACUCAUUCCGAGGGCAGUACAAGUACAUCACCCCCAUCAAAAAAGACAAAAAUUCCAGCUAAAGUUAUAAGGUAUUUCCCUCUUAAGUCAAGACUUCAACGAUUGUUCAUGUCAAAUAAGAAAGCUUCAGAUAUGCGAUGGCAUGAGGAAGAACGCAUAAAAGAUGGAAAAUUAAGACAUCCUGCUGACUCUCUAGUGUGGGAUCAUUUUGACAAAAAGUAUCCAGAGUUUGCUAGGGAUUCUAGAAAUGUUAGACUUGGCCUAGCAUCAGACUGUUUCAACCCAUUUAGGACUAUGAGUAUUGCACAUAGUACAUGGCCUGUUGUUCUUGCUGUAUACAACUUGCCAGGGUGGAUGUGCAUGAAACAACCUUUUUUCAUACUGUCCACCUUAAUCCCUGGUCCUAAGGGUCCUGGAAAUGAUAUUGAUGUAUAUUUGCAGCCUUUGAUAGAAGAAUUAAAGGAAUUGUGGGUUGAAGGCGUGGAUACCUAUGAUACGUCGAGAAAAGGGAUGUUUCGCAUGCAUGCAGCGUUAUUGUGGACUAUAAGUGACUUUCCUGCUUUUGCAAACUUAUCUGGUUGGAGUACAAAGGGGUAUUUGGCUUAUCCAGUUUGUCUUAAAGAAACUUGUUCUUGUAGGUUAAAGCAUAGCAAAAAAAUUUGUUAUACAGGCCAUAGGCAUUUUGCUGAGCAAUAUCAUAGAUUCAGACGCAAUAAAGCAUCUUUUGAUGGAACAGAAGAGACUAGGUGUGCACCACCUAUGUUAUCUGGAACAGAAGUGCUACAUGAACUAGAGGGCAUUAGCUUUCCAGCAUUUGGGAAAGGGGAUGAUGGCAAGGGGAAUGCUGCACAAGUGGAUGAAAUGGAUGAAAAUCCAAUGUUCAAUUGGAGGAAGAAGAGUAUAUUUUUUGAAUUGCCUUAUUGGGAGCACCUUCUUAUUCGUCAUAAUCUUGAUGUGAUGCAUAUUGAGAAGAAUAUAUGCGACAAUGUACUUUAUACUUUGAUGAAUGAACCGGGUAGAGGAAAUGAUGGUUUAAAAUCAAGACUCGACUUACAGGAAAUGCAAAUAAAGCACUCACUUCACCCCCAGGAACGUGGUGCAAACAAAUAUUAUUUGCCUUCAGCAAGUUACACAUUUUCUCCACUUGAAAAGAAAAUCUUUUGUCAGGCGUUGAAAAAAGUUAAAGUUCCAGAUGGAUAUGCAGCUAACAUAUCACGUUGUGUGAAAUUGAAAGAGCGUAAAAUUAGCGGUUUAAAGAGCCAUGAUUCCCACAUCCUAAUGCAACAACUAUUACCAGUAUCCAUUCGCAAGCUAUUGCCAAAGAAUGUAUGCUUUACACUUGUUGAGUUGAGUAACUUUUAUAAGGAAUUCUGUUCAAAAACUCUCAUACCGGCUGAGUUGGACAAUUUGCAAAAUAAGAUUGCUUUAACACUUUGUAAAUUGGAAAUGAUAUUCCUACCAUCUUUUUUUGAUGUGAUGGUCCACUUAUCAAUUCACUUAGCUCAGGAAGCAAAGAUCGCAAUACCAGUGCAAUAUCGUUGGAUGUGUCCAUUUGAGAGGUUUACCUUUUUUGCACUAUUUUCGUAGGCUUUUUUCCCCACUAAAUAUUGCAAAUACUUCUCAUUUUUUUGUUAUAUCCUAUCAGGUAUCUUUUAACCUUAAAAAAUUAUGUGCGCAAUAGAAGUCGCCCAGAGGGUUCAAUUGCAGAAGGGUAUUUAGUUGAGGAAUGCUUAAAUUUUUGUUCAAGAUACCUAGCAAACAUGGAGACAAGGUUCAAUAGGCCCUCAAGGAAUGAUGACAACCUUGAUGAUGGAGAAGAGAUGUCUACUUUUGGCCCUAGAGGUCGUGCCUUAGGAAAACAGGAGAUGAUUGUUUUAGAUGAUGAUUGUCAAACACAAGUUCAUCGGUAUGUGUUAUUUAACUACGACGGAGCUACACAAUUCAUUGAGUAAGUGAAAAGUUUACAAUAUUUGACCUAGUUGUUAUUAUUAUUAUUAUUCAUUUGUUGUUAACAAUAUAACAUAUAGAGUAUGAUAUUUUUUCAUUACAGAAAGCAUAAGAAAUUGCUUAAAAGAAGGCAAUAGAAUUUAAAGCCACGACAAAUACAAUCAAUGUCUCAUCUAUCAUUUCAUAAGUGGUUUAAUGAAUGUGUAAGUCUCUACACAUAGAACAGUUAAUUAAAUUUUAUAUUAUAUAUGCUAUUUACUUUAUUGUAAAACUUACAUCUUUGAAAAUAUAGCUGUGGAAUACGGAGGAUCCUAUCCCUAAUGAGAUUCGAUGGCUAGCUCGGGGUCCUAAUGUCGUUUCCAAACGAUUUAAGUUAUUCAUGAUUAAUGGGUUUAAGUUUAAUGUUAGAGAUCGUGAUAAUCAGAGGAAGACCCAAAAUAGUGGUGUUGUUUUAAAAGCACACACAUCAAGUUAUGCAAGAGCUAGUGAUCAAAAUCCUAUUGCAGGAAAUGUUCAUUACUUCGGAUUAUUGACUGAUAUCAUUGAGUUGGACUACAUUGAAGAAAGGAAGGUUGUAUUGUUCAAGUGUGAUUGGUUUGAUGUACUCUCUAAGGGUAGAGGGAUAAAGGAGGAUGAUUUUGGGUUUACACUCAUUAAUUUUUCACGUGUAAUGCGAAUUGAUGAACCAUUCAUUCUAGCAUCUCAGGCUGAGCAAGUGUUUUAUGUUCAAGACCCGGUUGAUACAGAUUGGCAUGUUGUUAUAGGGACAAAACCUCGUGAUUUAUAUGAUAUUCCUGAAGAUGAUACUGAGACCUAUGGAUUUGAGCAACCAUUUAGUUCUCUACACCCGGAUACAACUGAUGAUCACAUUCAUUGGGAUAGAGGUGAUGUGCCUGGAACAAUGGUUGAUAAAUCUUCAUCAGCAAACACGGAAAAAGAAGAUAUUCCGGAUGAAUAACAUACUUAGAGUGAUGAUAAUUUUUUCUUAAAUGUUGCAAAUAAUGUUGCAUUUUCUUAUUUUCAUCUUUUUUUUUGGCUUCGUGCGUAUGGAAUAUUAUGAUUUUUUUUCCAUCUCUCCCUCCCUUACUCAUUUUCUUAUAACUUGGUAAGUAAAAAGAGUAUACAUAAUAUUAGUUAUUUAUUAUUUUUUUUUUAACAUAUUUCAAAUUGAUAUUGUCCUAAAACAAAUAAAACUGUGGUACUAUCAUACUUAAGUAAAUUUAUACUUCCUUCUUGCAUAUUGUAAUUGUUCUCAAGUGUGUUACUUUUCCAAAUUUUGAUGUUUUUGAAGACCUAAUAUAUUCAGCCUACAUUUCAUCUUAACUACCAGCUUGAAUAAACAUGGCAACAAAGGUUUGUUAGCUUUAUCCAGGAACAUAAUGAAACGUAGGGCAACAAUAAACUUGGAAUUAGAAUUGCAUGGAGGACUUUCUCAGGGUUCAAAUUCGCAGUCCCAUACUUCCCAUGGUUCACAAGAAGAGGACGUGGGGACUACUGAAAGCAAUGAGUUAAGACCACCGAAGAAGACUCAAGGCUCCACACGCUGCGCAAAUGUGGUACAACAUGACACCAAAAAGAAUGGCCUGAUACCAUUAAGUGUGAAUGAGCAUGGACAGCCUAAUGGAGCCGAUGAAAAAAAUUUCGCUAAUUAUUUGGGCACAAUUGCCCGUAAUGGUCUUGCAGCUCCCUUGAACUAUAAAAAUUGGAAGAAAGUCCCUGAAAUAGUUAAAGAGGACAUGUGGACGAUGGUCCGGGGCAAGUUUGUAGUAGAAGAAAUCUCAAAAGAUUGGACAUUAUCAUCCUUUGGUCAUAAAUGAAGAGAUUGGAAGAGUGAAAUUAAAAGUAACUAUUAUAAAAUUUGGCGUACAGAUGAACAACGAUAUGCAAACCCACCACCAAGUGUUGAGGAGGACCAAUGGGAUUAUCUCAUUAGAUAUUGGCGUACAGAGGCAGCACAG